AAAGGUUGCGGUACUAAUCGUCUGUCGCUCAGAUUUCUUUUCCUCAUCUAGAAGCUUUCGUUCGUGAUGCGUCGUUCUUCUGCAGCAUCGAAGAAGAAAUCUGAUUCCAUCACAUCUUCCACCACGGAUCUCUUUCGCUCAGGUCCGAGUAAGGCGACGAGUAAAGAGAUGGAUCGAAUAGAUCAUUUGUUUAAUCAAUACGCCAAUACAUCUUCCAAUCUCAUCGAUCCUGAAGGAAUAGAGGAGCUAUGCUCCAAUCUGGAAGUCCCUCAUACUGAUAUCAGAAUCUUGAUGCUUGCUUGGAAAAUGAAAGCUGAGAAACAAGGUUACUUUACGCAGGAGGAGUGGAGAAGAGGUCUUAAAGCUUUAAGAGCUGAUACACUCAGUAAACUGAAGAAAGCCCUUCCCGAGCUUGAAAAAGAGGUCAGAAGGCAAUCAAAUUUUGCAGAUUUUUAUGCGUAUGCCUUCCGCUAUUGUUUAACAGAGGAAAAACAGAAGAGCAUAGACAUCGAGACUAUAUGUCAACUCCUAGAUAUCGUCAUGGGAUCUACUUUCCGAGCCCAAGUUGACUACUUUGUCGAGUAUUUAAAGAUCCAAAACGACUACAAAGUCAUAAACAUGGAUCAAUGGAUGGGCUUUUACAGGUUCUGCAAUGAGAUAAGUUUCCCGGAGAUGACAGAAUACAAUCCAGAGCUUGCAUGGCCAUUGGUUCUCGACAGUUUUGUUGAGUGGAUUAGCGAAAAGCAAGCCUGAAAGCUGAAAAUCAUUCACUUAAGAUCGUUGGGCCAACAAACUGAUUCAGCACAGUUUUAUUUGAGUUUUCAUCCUUCAAACUUCAAAAAGACACAUUAUAUGAUUUUUGUUACAUGUGAUUAACUUCAAUAGAGGGAAAUACAUUAUGUUUGAAAUAUUAUAUCCAGUUCUAUUAGCAACCAAUGAAAGUGCUUGAAUACUUCUGUAUAAUGAAUGAAAUCAGAUGUCUCUCUCUUCUA